AUGUUGGCGGAAGUCGUCACAAAGGCGGUAGGCCCAUACUGGACCUUGGAUGAGUUUCGAAAGCGUGGACCUCGAGAGGAGACAUUGAUCCUAGAAAGGGGCGAGAACGCGGCCAGUCUUGUGGGCAGUGCGCCGUCUUUAUGCGUCAGGUACGAAGAUUGGAUGAUUGAACAGGCUCUGGAGUCUGGAGUCUGGAGUUGCAGGUGGACAGACCAGAUUCUAACCGGCGAGGUCUUGCUUGACGGUGUCAUUGGCAACAAGAAAACCCAGACGAUGAAGCUGACUGCAUUCCCAGCAGGCAGUGUGAAGCCUCGCUAUCACAUCCCUGGCUCUCUCAUCACGCUGCUCAUCCUGAGCACGCUUAGUCAGGCAGAAGGCCCGUGCUCUUUCGCAAGAUCUAUAAGGCUCUUCUCUUCGCUCAAGCUUUCUCUUCUUUUCUUCACACGAUUGACUACAUUGCUAAUCAUCCCUUCCAGUGCUGACCAGCCGGUGUUUACAGGAAAUCAAACAGGUGGCCGGCGCCCGCGCAGGCCACCAACUCCUUGCGGCCUUUCUGUGCCCUUGGGAAUUUUUGGAAACCACACACACACCUUUUUCAUCAACAAGAAACUCUUGUCCACCUUGCCCUUCCAAAUUGCGACAGAUCUUACGGUGAGUUCUGUGGUGUGGACACGUCUGGCGUCAGAAGCGGCAUGUCAACAAAGGACGGCGAGAUCACGGCUGCAGCUGACGGUCGCGCGCAUCUACUUGAACACUCGCGCAGGCCUUAAUCAGAAGGCAGCGUCACCGACCUUCAUACCACGGCGAGGCGGAGGCGGCGAGCUUGCCAACUCCAACAGCCGCGAAUACUUCUCGUUCAGAGCUCCGAGUGCGCUCGCGGUAGCGGCAUUCAAACGCGAAACUCAUACCACUACACUCUAUCUGCCCCUGACAGAGUUGCUGCGAGCCCGCUCACCGUGCCCCUGUUGCCAGCAUCGAACAGGUUCUGCGACUCAAUACACAAACAGCGACAGCUCCUUUCCAUGGCGGCUCCCUCCGGCCUUAGCUUCCAUCUCUCGCACGUUUGAUGGAUACAGGGGUCUGAGUUGGCUGACGCGACGAUAUCUCCAUCUGAUGAGACCUUUGACGGACGACGGACGACUAGUGUCCGAACAACCAUCGCCACCCAAUGCACACACUUGUCUCACGCUCGUCACGCCGAAGAGUCCCUUCGUCGCCCUCGAAUCGCAACACCUCUUAAGGCGCGACAUCACACAACACACCAGAAACGAUAGCAUUGUCGGCUUCGAAGUGACCAUCGCUCAACAGAGCAGUAAUCACCACUCCCCACCUGAGAGAUCUGAACUCCAACGCUUAACAUCGUAUCAUCUUCAGACCGCCCGUAUUGACCACCCCUGCGGCCUCACGAGCCUCGAAGGAGACCUCAAAUCGUUCUUGGGGACUCGGCUACUGGCGAAAGAAACUCGGAGAAUAAUGCGGGCAUUGGAAGAACUUGGGAACAGGAGGAUAUCCAGGGAAAAGAUAUUUGAACCGCGGAUGGAUACUGCCCGGUCACAGCUUGAGGACAAGGCAAGGGGAACAAGCGCAAGAGAUGGCCGGAAUGAAUAUGUGAUGCUGAAAGAACCCCGUUGGGCAAUGGAAGAAUUCGAUGGAAGAGCCAUAUUUGAAGCGUACAGGAUCUCGAUCCCGGUAACUGAAGCUCGCACGUACAAAGCUUUCAAGAUGUUGAUCUGUACGUCAAGCUCGAUAACACCGCUCAGUCCCAAGGAGCUCACGCGUGGCUUCUCUCCAGAGAGCACACGGACCCCCUGCGGCCUGGUUGUGGUCUUUCACCGUGAAGAGCAAUUGGGUAUUCGAGCACCAUCGAAAGGACAGCAUGCUCUGGAAAGCAGCGUCUCCAUCGUAACGGUUUGUCAAAGCGAACAUAUUUUGCCAUACAGUCGCUUGCUUCUCGCAUUGGGAGACACAUUUGUCUACCUUGCGCACCUACCAUGGGCCUACAUCACUUUCCAUGCACGGCUGUUGAGUGUCGGUUUGACGUGUCACCAAUGGCGGGGCUUGGCAAAGUCAUCUGCAGGCUUUAUAACAACUAUAGAUGAGGAUUUUGUCAUUUCAUGUAGAAGCAGCUUCCAGAUUAAGCUUUCAUCUUGGCAAGAUCCGCAUCACGAGCAAUGGCGACCGAAGCGCGCGCGCCGCCACGACACGACACGAAACGAAACACUGAGAUACUCCAUGCAGUACCGAACAUCGCAAGCCUCGAGCCUCUGCCAAGCUGCAUUUUCUCCAUCGGAUCCCCUGGAAAUUCCCGUCGUCAUCGACUCGUCGUCGCCCGCAGCCUUUCGCCCUCCCACAAUCUCGCCGCAGCAGACGACGGGAAAGACCGAAAGUACAACGCAAGCCUCUUCAUCGCCCGGACUGCCUUCUCCGUCUGCGUUGUUUGCCAAGUCACGGACUUCCGGCCAGCAACGCCCAGAAGGCGCGAACAAAGGGUUCGCUUCGGCGGCGAGUCUGGUGAAGUCGAACUGCUUUGGCGCCAGUGUUGAGGCUUCGAAGGAAGACGUGAAGAGGCAGGCGGAAGAUGGCGGCGAUCGUGGUGCAACGGAGAGCACAGGAAAGCUCCCAAGACCCAAGAAGCCUGAGACGGCGGAGAAGGCGAGACCAGAGCGACAACGACGGAGAAGCACAACGCCAUUCGACGACUAUGCGUUUCUCGCGCCAUCGCCGGCGUCGAGGAGGGUGUCGAGAAGUCCAAAAUUGGCGAGUCCGAUCGUUCUGAACCCUCCCAGCGAUGCCUUGCAGAGGCCGGGGGCACCAAGCAUUUCGUUCUCUGAGCACGACUUCAGGCCUGGACAGCAAUCGCCAAGUGAGGCUGUUCUUCCCAUUCCGAAGGCGGCAAAGAAAGCCAGAAAGUCGAAAGCAGCAAAUGCGGGCUCGACGAGCGACAAGCCAGCAAGACGGCCCAAGAAGAAAGCGGCGAAGGUCGUGGGGGAGAAGAAGAGUGACAAAUCUGUGAGCUUCAUCUUGAACUCAGACGAUCUUGCUUCGACCCAGUUCGCCGCAUUGGAAGCUAAAGAUGUGCAAGGCGAGAGGACAGUCGGUUCAGCUGCAGAGGAUCAUGGUGAUGUCGAGCAUACAAAGGCAAAACCCAGGCCCAAGAAAGCUCCAAAAACGGCUGUUGACGAGGGAGAGCGAGCGUCAAAGCUGCCUCAGAAGAAUUCGAAGACUAAAUCCUCAACUCAUGCCUCAGAGGUCCAGUUCGACCAGCAGUCCGCUUUCUUCGCGCCCGCAAAGAAGAGCACAGAUGUCCAUCUCAACACAUCCCCCUUCCAACCUAUUCCGCCGCACCGUGGCGAGCAUGAAGCGGCUGAUCUUGACACCCUACCAGCGCCAGCACAUCGUCGCAGGCUUAGCUGGACUCCAGUGAAGAACACCUCUGCGCCAGCAUUCGCCAGACCCGACACUGCUUGCUCCAACACAUCUGCUGAUGCCGAAAGACCAACGCUGUGUUUGGCUGAUGUGAUUGGCAGCUUCGGAUAUGCCAGCGAAGACAAGCCGCCACCAAUCAAGCGUACACACUCUGGAGAAGCCCUUGCCAAGCGGAGACGAGUUGGUCUCACAGAUGAUGCAACACGACCACCGGCCGCGCGCAAAGCAGAAGUUGUACAACCUCCGCCAGCUGUCGAGCCGAAGAAAAGGGAGAGGGCACCCAAAAAGAAGCCGCAGACAAUCACUGACUUGGCCACGAAAGCAUACCGACCUGAAGAUGUCGCACCCGCGCCCGUUGACCAGCAAACAGUGUCCUCCUUCUUCGUGCCGAACGCACAAGCGGAAGCGACAGCGCACGAAGUACCAGCUGCUGAGGACCAAGGAACGACAAAAGUGAAGAAGCCUCGCAAGUCUCGGGCAAAGAAAGCAGAUGUCGACGGCGCCGUAGACACAAGCAAGCCGAAGAAAGCCAAAACCGCGAAGGCCAAAGUGCGCUUCAAUGAAGCAGAUUACUUGGCUCAGCUAUAUCGCCCGGAGGAAGCGAGAGCAGAAGAGAAACGUCAGGAUUUCUUAUUUGGCACAUCCAGCCAGCUCGGUGGCGAGGAUUCACCAACCUUCAUACGUCAAAUACAGAUGGCAGUACGUGAGUCAGAAAGCAUUCCGGCUGUGCAGAACGGCACGAGUCCGGCGCGAAAGAGCUGUAUGAAAGUCAUAUCAGCAUCACAUGGUACAGGUCUUUCAGUUGGGCAGGGCAGCAAAGAGCAUUGGUGUUCAGCAGCCCGAGGUCAGGAUGGAGAGACACUCGAUGCCAGCUACGAUCGACCGACCUUGAAGCCGCAUAGUGCUCCUCCGCCGAAGACAAAUACGACUGAAGAGGCAUGCAGCGGUCUUGUUCCGCCACAAUUGGAGCUGAAGCAUCUCGAGACUGGGACAUUUGCCAAAUUUGGAGCCCCGGGUGAUGACGGUCCUGAUGGAGACCCUGUCAGUGUGUCGAUGGAGCCUGCGCAUGGGAUAGUAAAUCUGUGUUCCUCCUCCCCUACCGCCGUGCCGCCUGAACUUCGCCAUGAUGAUCGCCCGGCCCAUACUGUCUCUGGCUUGCUCCACGCUAAGGCUGCUCCUCGAGAAGCGUCUUCACGAUCUGGCGCCAAAGGUGACUUAUUUGAGAGCAAAACCAUCGACUCGAAAGACGCUCCUACCGAUCCCAGGCCUACCCCACCGUGGUCACCAUCUCGCAAAGCCCAGCUGCCAUCACUCAAACGAUCUGCAACUUCGCCUAUUCGCCCCGCACUCCAGAUGCUCGACAAUAAUAUCCACAGUCCAUUGCAUACAUCAUCUCACAAGACGGGAAGCAUCGCGCUUUGCCGCACAUUAAUUGAUGAUGCAUCACCGGCUGAAGGCAAACGCCCUAAAGCCAAUGCUAUUGUUGAAGCGACAACACCGAAACGAAGAGGGCGACCACCGAAACAGAGGCAAGCAAUUCCUCAUCGUGUAUCUCCUCUCAAGCUCUCUCCAGCCUUCAAAUCCGCGUCUCAACCUGCCUCUCCUCCAAAGUAUAUCAACAUCGACGAGAUCUCCGACUCUGAUGAAACGCCAUCUCCGCCACGAGCACGAGCCAACUCUUCUCCCCCUUCAAUACGAACCCUCGACAUCACUACCAUCCCAGCACCAACAAUCCUCUCCUCCGCAAAACUCAAACCCGACGACGCCGCAUGGCCCUCCAUCGCCGCCACCCUCUUCCCAAAAAUCUCUUUCACCAUCCGCUCCACACCUCCCAGUACCGAUCUCCAGAACCCUUCCUGGCACGAAAAAAUCCUAUUGUAUGACCCGAUUGUUUUGGAGGAUUUGACGGUUUGGCUCAAUGAGCGGGGUGUGCGGUUGGAGGUGCGGAAAGUGAAGGCGCUGCCGAGGAAACGGAAGGGUGAGGGGGAGUUUGAGGUUGUGGAGUGUGAGGUUGUGCCGUGGAUGGUGCAGAAGUGGUGGGUUGAGAGGGGGGGUUCGGGUUCGGUAUUGAUGCAAUGGUUUCUUUCGUGUCUCGCAGUCGGGGUGUGGUGUUUCUUGGAAGGGUUGGGACUUGAGAAGCGUAGAUUUCGAGAUGGGAAUCGCAACGAUAUCUUGAGAUAUGGACGCCAUCUCUCUCGGCCGACGUGUCGCGUCUUUCUGAGAUGGGAGGUGGAUGUAUACUUACCAGGUGACGGUGGCGAUGGUGGUCGUGGUGCUCCACGGGCCGGACAGACCGCCUUCACUGGCCAAAACUUGUAUUCUGUUUUCUGGCACAUUGGCCAGCGCCAGGGGCAUGGGGGGGGUGGGGGGGGGGGAGAUGUCGCCGUGUCCGCAGCUAAAAAUCUCUUGCUCGAUAUGACACAUUUUCGCGCAUUCGAAGACCGGAUGAUGGUUGAGUGGUGGAUGGGAAUUCUGCAUGGCCGUUGGAAAGUUGUGCUGGGUUGGUUUCUGGAGUGGAGUCUGGAGCUGGAGAUAUGGAACGAGGAGCGUGAUGAAAAUGAAGGUUUGCUUUUCAUGUCGACUUUGGCGAACGAAUUCAAGUCGGCAUGUGAAGAUGUUUUCGAGUACUGGUUUUAUACUGACUUGAUUAAUGGAGAUCGAGGGAAAGAGAUGCAACGAGGUGAUCUUACGUAUUCCAGCUUUGUGACCGCUCGACAAGGUAUUAUUCCACGAGGAUUGGUUGAGGUCGAUCCGUCUUGGAGAGCUAUCUCAUUACCUGUAGCCUGUGAGCAGUGCUAUUUUGAGAAGAGAUACAACGAGGUGACCUUCCGCAUUCCAACUUUCGUGGCCGCUCGACAAGGUGUUAUUCCACGAGGAUGUCUCAAAGGAACGUUAGAGCCCUCGUUCGUGCUCUGGUGGUUGAGUGGAGGGAGAGCUAUCUCAUCAACUAAUGUGAAGGACACAUUGUAUGCGGAUGGGACUUUUCGGGUAUCUCUCGAGUAG